GUUGUAUCAGCAUGAAAACUCUAACUUCUCUCCUGGACUUGAUUAAUAUGAAGACUCUUGUAGCUAUUUUGCUGUUUUCCAAAACUACCUUGGGAGAGCAUCGUCUCACCUGUCCUCAGACCAUAGAGGCAGCAGAAGGAGAUGAUGUCAUUAUACAGUGUGGUCUGGACCCCCCCGUCGACUUGUCAUUCUACACCUUCGAUGUGGCGAGACUCGACCUCAGCAGCUAUGGUGAUGUCCACUGCUAUCGACGGGGAACGGAUCACCUGGAUGACCAGAUGGAUCGAUACAGAGACAGAACAACUCUCCACCAUGAAGACCUGAUCAGAGGCAUCGUGACUCUGAAGAUCUCCUCAGUAACUCUGUCUGAUAGUGGUCCAUAUAAAGUCUACGUCCCAGACCUGACAGCCCCUUCUGUUAUUAACAUCACUGUUGUACCCAAAGGCCAAGUGAGCGAGACGAAGAGAAAUGAUCCAACCACAACUAGACCUCCAGCUACCAGUCCUGGCUCUGCAAAGGAGGAAUCUGACUGGAAAACAGUGGUUCCCAUUGUCUGUGGUGUUGUUGGUGUUCUUCUUCUUCUCCUGGUGAAACGUGGAGUCAUCCAGAGUUGCAUCGAGAGGCUCAGAGGAAGGAAGGAGCAAGAACCAGAGACAGCAGGGAAUGGAUGUGAGAUGAAAAACCUGAACAUGGAAGCAGCAAAAGGAGAUGAAGACCUGGAGAGAGCUGCAGGAAAUGGAAACGUCUUACUGUAGGAAACCUCUCUGAGAGCUUGAAUUCAACUUUAUUUAUAUUAUCAAAUACUAACAAGAGUUAUCUCAGGACACUUUACAGAUAGAGUAGGUCUAGACCACACUCUAUAGUUUAUAAAAAGCCCCAACAAUACCAGUAAUUCCCCCAAGACCCAACAAUGACAGAUGCAGUAUUAGAAUAGAUGCAGAUAAAGGUUUUACACAACUCAGACACAACCUGGAUCAUAAUAAGGAGUCCUUUUGGUCCUGAUUCAGUAUUAGAAAAGGAUCUUUACAUAAAUCUUCUGAGCUGGUCAACAAUAAGCCCCCGAACAAAAUCAUAUUAACAACAUCCAGGAUGGUUUAUUACACGGCUGCUCACUAAAGAAAUCAAACAUUUUACACAUUUUACACAAAUAUUGAUUUAAAG